AUGAAGGAUAGCAUCACCAACCCGCCGGAGAAGGACCCGAAUUCGAUCAUGACUGUAGCUGACCAAGGUCAGGGAGGUCUUGAGGAAAAACCCCGAUCAAAUUCGACCACUCAAUCGUCGAUUGCUCUUACCAAAGACAACCCUGCCAUCACCACUUCCCAGCGCCGCAGCAAGCGAUACCCUUCAAAAACCGCCGAGGAUGGCGCAAUGAAAGGCCGUUCGCUCUUCCCAUCUGACGUUGCCCAAGGCCAGGAUGGCUCCAUGGCCAAAGCUCGAUCGAACUCUACCCCUCCUUCGUCGACCGAUUUCAUCGAGGAUAAUCCUGACACCAUGAUUUCCAAGAGCCAACGCAAGCAAACCCCUCCUUCCAAAACCGCCGAGGACGGCGCAGCAAUAUCCAAAUGUCCCGGCUGGUGGGCUGAAGCCAGUACGGACCAAGCCGAUGCUCAUUCUUACGACGAGAUCGCUGCGUUAAUCCUGUCUGGCUUGAAGGUGUACGACCCAUCACUUGGUGGUUCUAUGCCCCAGCUUCGGUCCAGCAUGCAGAAUCUGUUUUCUCUUGGCGAUCUCAAAGACGCCAACGAUGACAAAGCUUCCUGGUCUCUUCGCGAGUACUUUCUUCGCCUUGUGACACAGUGCCCCACGGUUGUGUUUGAUCUCGCUACGGCCCAACGCGUUAUUAAAACUAACAAAAAGUCGCCUCGCUUUUGGGAAUUCGCGCUCAUGUUCGACCCAGCAUUAAUUGUUCAACGCGCCGAGCCGUUGACUUGGAUGUGGCUAGCGGCAUCCGAAUUCUUUGCUCAUCCUUGGACAGGCCCGGCCAUCCUUCCUCCCAUUGUGGAGGAAUUUGAGCGACUAGCAAGAGAGUCAAAAAUAUCCAAGGCUCAGUCCAAGUCUAAGAAGCGCCCUGCAUCUACUCCAGAGAACCCAAAAGGUGCGGAGGCCAACGAUUCGCGCCAGUCUCCCGCUGUCCCGAUGCAAACCGACCCGGCACCAAAGGGUCGGUCCCAACCCUUCCAACGAACUCCACCUUCUGAUGCCACUCCUCCUCGCCAACAAGUGAUCCUGUCUGACGCCGUCCACGUCAUCGCCAGCACCCCAACCGGAACACAGGAAGCCAGUGCUCCUACUGACGCCGUCGUGCAAGCCAGCCAACCGUGUGUUCGUACCAGUGGGGAACAUGGAGCAGAGGACCACAAUAGCGCCCCGACCUACAGGGACGCUGCUGCCUCUCUCCCCGCUUCCACGGUACCCCUCACCACUGACGAACGAUUGACGCGCCUUCUCGCUGUCACUUGGAAUGCCUCCCCCUUCCGGCACAUUACCAUCUUCAACGUGUCGAUUGUCUUUGAUUGGCAGGGCGUCGGUUCGUCCGAGUUCAAUCAAGUCCAGACCGCCUACAAUGCCUUCCAUCAGUUUGCUUCCGGUAUUUGGGGCGAGAUCACUUCCACGGUCGUCCUCCUGCCCUUUGCUGACGGUCGCUUUACCCGACAACAACUGUGGAUCCGGAACUUGAAGGAGUUUGACGAAAAGGCCAAGGAUUGGGCCCACCUGAAGAUCUACCUCGACCCCAACUUCGGCAACCCGUACAUCCUCAACAAACCUGGGAAGACUGGGUCGAAGACCUGCAAGACUCGCAUGCGGUUUGGUAUGGACACUGCCCCUCCCAUCCUCAUGCAAGAACUUCGCUCUGUCUUGUCCAGUGAGCCUCGGGCGGGCGUCUUCCCGACCCCUAUCCAGGUUUCCGACAUGGUCCGUCUUGGCUUCCUCCCGUUGCUUCCCCAAGAAUUGGCGAUUGGUCCGUACUGCAAAGACUUGAUGCGUCUCUGCGACUUCCAGUACCCCAUUGGCCUCAUGCAAGAAUGGGUCAACAAUCCACGGUUCUUCUCUGCCAAAUUCACUGGGUCUUCGCGAGGCCUCCUGUGCUGGCAUGUCUUCGUCCCUAAAUCCUUCGCUCGCGAGGCCGACCUGAUCUUGGCCGCGAACUUGGACAUCCGUAAGCCCAGUUGUGCUCCCUUCCAAGCACCGACCCAUUACACCAGAGAUUGGCAGGCGGCGAAGGACGAAUUGGUCCUCGGCAAACAGUGCCCACAGCUCCAGUCCGUGAUCGAAGCCAUGCGGGAAAGGACUCGGGCGACGCGGGUUUUGACUGCCACCUACCGGAUUCCCAUCGAACUCCCGGGCAUGCUGACUUCUGCUGUCACUGAGAACUUUGGGAAGCUCACCCUCCUGCGAUUCCUUAUUGCCGUCAUUGUCACGGGCGCCCAGGCCAAGAAGGCGGAGGACGCCAAACCCAAGAAGCCCCCUGCCAAGGCCAUAGAGGUGCUGAGUGAUAGCGAGUCGUCCGGUGACGACGAUGAUGAUGAUGGCCCCCCAACCUUUGAGUGGACCACAAUCAUCAAAAAGUCUUUGGUUGCCUCCACUCCAAAGCCUGUGGAGGAGACGACAACCUCGCUCCUCACUGCACCCAAGUCUCCCAAGGACGACGAUGCCUUGAUCGACAAGCUAGCACAGAUGGACCUCACCAACGACAGUCCAAGCCCUCUGUUCGUCAUGAUCUUACCAGCCAAGAAAGAUGGAUGCUAUUUUGUGGUGGUUCGCCAGCGCUAUCUUCCUCUCGCGAUGAACGUGCUUGACAACCUACCGUCCUUCCUUCAGUUUCACCUUGGCGAGUCGUCGUUCCUCCAUUUCAUCCGCGUCAUCAAGAACUGGUCAGCUACCGACCUUGCCUACCAGAAUCGCAAGCUUCACAUUGAAUGGGUCCCGUCGGAACUUCGCUCCCGCUGUAUUGACAAUCCUACCGACAAACAGGGUGAUCAAGUCCAUGACCCAAUGGACUUCCUUCUCUGCAUGGAAGACCCUGUAGAGAUUCUCGAGGGCACCCUCCACAUCGACAUCCACGCCAAACAUGUUCGGGACGUGGACGAUGGCCUAUCUGUGAUUGGUUACCUCAAAGACUGGAACAACUCCAGGCCGCUCUUCAGACCAUCGAGACUAUCACUGACGAGAGGAACAGUUUGA